AUGAAUGAUAAAGAUCAAAAGCAAUUGGCUAUUCAACAUUUUGUGGAAUAUAUUCAGAUUAAAACAGUUCAACCACAACCGGAUUAUGAUAAAGCUUUUGAAUUCUUAAAAAAAUAUGCUCAAGAACUUGAUCUUGAAUAUUCUUUAAUAACAAUAGAUGAAGAUCGACAAGCAGCUAUAUUAACUUGGUUAUCAUCUUCUACAAAUGAGCAAUCAAUAGUUUUAAAUUCACAUAUUGAUGUAGUACCAGUUUUUGAAGAAUAUUGGAUUGUUCCACCAUUUUCAGGUGAAAUUCAUGAUGAUAAAAUUUACGGACGAGGUACACAAGAUAUGAAAUGGUAA